CAAGAAGCUCGUCGCGCCGUUUUUCGCAGUUUCAGACGUUAUCGCGUUCCAUUAUUGAAGGUCCCUCGGUGGUACUGCCUUUGGAUAUACACGAUCGAUUUUAAACUAGCAUUAGCAGCAGUAACAGCAACAAGGAAGUCAGUGGCAGUACAAGUAAAAGUGAAAAAUGGAGAAAUAACUUCACUCUGUUACCCAUUUUGUGGAACUGCAAGCAGUGCAAAGUGCAGUUGCACAAUCGCCAACCUGAUACAUACGAACACGGACAUACUCGAAGUGAUAACAACUAGCGCCAGUGCUCUGCGUUCUCCAGCUGUUGUCUCGUUACGAGUUUUGCAAUUUCGUGACCACAAGUGACAAACAGUCCGACACGCUAGUUGACGACGCUCGGCUAAUAGUUCUGUUGAGUGCUAUUCGUGUGAGCCUACGACUGAUGCACGAGCUAAUUGCUGCACAUAAUGAGUAAACCAAGCACAAUCAUGGCAAAUCGCAUUUCACGAGAUAGUGGCAUUUGCGUCGAAGACAGCGAUCGAAGCAGCUCACCACUAGGAAAUAGUGAAAGUGCAGUGAAAAAGCGUUUCCCAGCUGGGGGCGGAAAAGCCAGUAGUGGCCGAGUGAAAUCUUCGUACGUGAGUCGGUUAACGCUGCAUUUCGAAACUCUCACCUGUCAUGACGAAAGCAGCCACAGCACGCCAGCAACGUCAUCCGCCUCCAGUAACUCGGUUUAUCAGCUAAAAGUAGUAAAUUCGAGUACAGCGCAAAUAUCACAGGCGGAAGUAGAACCCCAAGUGCCUGCAUGUGUUGAUGAUUGUGAUAAAAGUGAAGAAAGAAUGGAUGACGCAGUGCAAGCGAUUGAGAAUAUUUAUGAGCAAAUUUGUGUGGAAGAAAAGCGAGACAGAAAGUUUUGUGUGAGCCAACGCAUUCAGCUGAUUUCGGUCUGCGAUAUCAAUCAAACGGGGGAUCACCCUGAAGACGAUGCCGAAUGUGAGGAAAAUAUUUGUGCCAGCGGUAAGAUAACGAAUGAAGGAGAGUUCGAUGAUGAAACAAGCAGUGAUUAUGAACUCGAAGAACAACUCACGGAACACGCCAUCGUAGCAGAAGCUCGAAACGUGUUCAUUCCCCAGGAACCUACCCAACACAGCCCUUACUACGACAAUGAUGAAUUCAGUGACACUGAUUCGUUUGACUCAUCCAGCGACGAUGAUGAUGAUGAACACGCAGUCAAUUAUUCAAGGCCAGAUUCGAAUUCUUCCCUCAAAUCUGAGCGCAUCACAAAUAUUAUGAAAGAGCUGUUGGAAAAUGAGGAAAACUACGUACAAACCCUUGAGAAGGGUAUCGAAAAUUAUAUCAGCAUCAUGAAUAACAAAGACCUACCUCCAGCAUUAAGAGGGCAGCGAUAUCACAUCUUCGGCAAUAUUGAAAAUAUAUACUCAUUCCACAGAGACAGGUUCCUACCGAAGCUUCGCAAUAACUGUGCCAGUAUUCAAGGUAUCGCUGAGACCUUCAUCAAAUUAAUUGAAGAUGAUAGAUUCUACUGCUACAUUCUGUUUGCACUGAACCGACCAAACUCGGAAAAGAUAUGCAAUAAAAACUUGGACUUCUUUCAAGAAAGGCAAAACCAGGUUGGUGAUAAAUUAGGACUAAACAGCUUCCUUCUGCAACCGAUUCAACGAUUGCCGAGGUACAAGCUGCUACUGUCAGAGAUAAACAAAGAAGUUCUGAAACUGAUUGCGGAUGCCCUGAUGGAUUCAGUGAAAGAUGAAAUUGGAAUACUCUGCAAGGCAGAAAAACGCUUGGAACGGUUCAUAGAUGUCGUAAACGAGGCUAUGAGCAUAAACGAUAUUUGCGAAUGCUACGAGCUCAACCUCUUCCAUCAGGGUAAGUUCCGCAAAAUGUUCGAAAUGGACAUCUACGACUGGGACCGGAGGCGGAGGUAUCCGGCAAAAAUAUUUUUCUUCGAAAAGUGCAUCGUCUAUACGGAAAAGAUCAAAACAUACCUUGAAUACCGCGGCCACUAUGGAGAUUUCGAAGUGGGUCUGUACAACGACGGGAAGUCCAAGCUGUGCGUAUUCGCGAAGAAACGUGGUAUCCAAGAGAUCGAAGUUACCAACACUGAGAUGAGUCUUGUGCACAAAAUGGCAGGCCACAUUGAGGCUAUCAUGAAGAGCUUUGCCAUGCAGGAACGCCAGCGAAUAAACGAUCUUACCAGGAAUAAUGAUUGGUGCGAACAACGGGUACCCAGUGUAAUGACCAUCAAUCGGGGGAGUGUGGUCAGCACGAAAAGUAACCUGUCGGUUAUCAGCAAUAACAGUAAUCGUGACAGUUACGAGUCCGGCUCACAAACCAUAUGGGAUUCGGAACAACCGGUGCAAAGUUUAGUCUCAGCACAGAAACAUUUCUGCCAAAUUUUGGCAAUCAAUCGAAAGUACUACUUCAGUGAACUCCCGGACGAGCUAUCCAAGAACAUUAAUCGCUUCAUUAACACCUUCGAUCGAUUGGUGGAAAUCCACACGAAGCGAGUCUAUGAUGAUUUGGCCCAACAAGACGUGGGAAUCGAUGAAAUAUGCGAACUUUUCAUAUUGUACUUUAAGGAAGAUUUAUUUGAACCUUACAACUCGUAUUUGAAACAGUUCAAGAAAGCAGCCGGUAUUAUGAAAAACAUCCAUCGAGCUUCACGAACUUCCCUCAGUGGAACAAUGGUUGCACAGAAUACGGACGAUUUCACUUUCAUGGUAAUUGAGAUAUGGAACAAGUACCAGAACUUUGUGCAGAUUCAAAUUGUUCGAAUGUCCGAGCAAAUGAAUGGCGACGUUAGCACUGCGCAUAAGGACUUGUUCCGAAAGCUAGCCUUCGUAGAAGUUCAAAUCAACUCUUUCCGCAAGUCGUUAAUGCAAAACUACAAGCUUUUCAAUCUGGACGAAAAUGUACCGGCGUCAAAUAUUGGCUUGGUUGCCUAUUCCGAUAGAAUUCGUUAUGGAAAUGAAACGCUUAGCUCACACCGGAUUCUGAUAUGUGACAAGGCAACGGUUUGCGUUCGAGUGCAGAUGGUCAAGGAUAUCGAUCGCCAUAUGGAGAAGUACAUCCGGAUAGUAUUUAUCGAUAAGUUUGUGCGAGGCAUGCCAGUUGUGAAACAAAGCAAAAAAUCCGACGUUAGACUUAAUUUUGAAAUCAACGGCAUAAAACACGCGGUAGAUUUUGGAAACAAGGCUAACAAAGAUAAAUUUUUUGGUAAUUACUGUAUGUUUUACGAGAAGUGCUUCAGGUCUCGGUGAUGAUGUAAAUUGAUGGUAAACUAAUAGUAGAAACGAUUUACGUGAUUGUAGCAUAAAGUUAUUCUGUCAAAUA